UUGACAGUCCCAUCAUUCGUGGCAAAACGGAACCAGCCCUGCCAGUCUUCAAUAUGACGCGACUAGGACUUGUCUGUCUGCUCCUACUCCAUACGAAAUACGCUUCAGGAGAUUGCCCCGACACCGAAACAAAUGUAUUCAGGAUCUGCCAAAACCAUUCAUCCCACUUCACGGGCAAGUCAGGAAACUUGUAUGUGAGUCCAGACGAUGUCGUACAACUCCUAUCCUGCAAGUGCAGCAUUGAGGGAAAUACGACCAACAUCUUCAAUCUAAUGCGCAACAAGUUCGACAAUGCCAACCCGUUUAAUUACACCAUACAUAACGGCUCUCAGUUUCUUAGAUAUGACGAACACACAAAAAUUCUUGACUUUCCCUCGUUCAACAAGAAGAAGGUCACCCUCGCGCUGGAACGUAAAAGGAACAGUUCAGAAAGGAAUGCAAAUCAUCGGAUCUGUUUCGAUUUCCAAGUGAAUAAGAAAGAAUCUGUGACGAUUAACUGUAAAGCAUCUCUAAAAGAAGAGGACCCCGCGCCCAAAGAUAAGCCUGCGUCUCUUGGGGUCAUCCUGGGUUCCGCGUUCACCGUCUUCAUCCUCCUGGACGUUGCCAUAUUUGGAGGCAUCUAUUAUCUUGUGAAACGACGCGUCCUCAAUACGUCACGACUCCAAUCUCGAGUCUCCAUCACCAGCGACAAGAAAGAUAGACCUUGCAGGCGUGGCACCACCAGUAAUAGUUAUGUUGGAAUAACUCCAUCCAAUGAAUAUGAACCUGCUGAAGUCACUGGUGAGUACGAGACGCCGCAGCAGGACACUUUACGUCCGCCGAGACCAUUGCUUCCCCAAACGAAAACGAAGCCUUGGUUACAGUUUAACAAAUCUCCAAAAGUAAAAUUCUCUGUGGCACAACGCCAGCAGCCCGACAACGAAUACGAAGAUUAUUCACAAGACACAAAAGACAAAGUUAAGACACAAAAAACAAUUUCACCUGCGGAAUCAUUUGAACCAGAUUCUUACGAAAAUUUAAGUCAGCUCCACGAUCAGCCCAAAAAGACCCGAAAGAAUCAAUCUGGUGCCCAAAAUGCAAGUCCGAGGCAGGUGCCAAAGGCUGCACUCAAACCGGGAGCUAAGAAGGUGUUAAAGCCUGUGACUAAGGAUGAUUGGGUUCCUGCAGAUGAAUACGAAGAGGUUGAAGUGUCACGAGUACCGAGAGAGCAAUAUGCCAAGAAUCCUAAAGGUUAUGCGAAGAUGCAAAACCCAGUAAAGCCAGUCCAAGGUCCGACUGACAGCCCAGGAACUAGACCCACUGAGAAUUAUGAGAAGAUGGAGUCCGCAGUAGCAUCGUCCAUCAAUAGGUGGAACAAGCAAACUCAGCCAGGUUCAAAUGUUGUCAAAACAGGAUCACCAAACCGGAAAAGAUCUGCGAAAGUAAAUAUGUCGACCGGUCCGAGUCCAACCACAGGCAAACCCGACCAAGGGAGGGUCGUACCUUCAGCUAAACCUACUGAGAUGUAUGACAACAUGGCGAUGCACCAAACACCAAAGGUAAGGGUACCCAGUGACAGAACUGCUAAUCGACAAGCUCCUCCCAAACGGCAACGAACCAUGACAGAGGUGAAUUGUCCUACCCAGACAUACGACAACUAUGACCCCAUUGCCGAGAUGCGGAAAGUAGCUCGAGCCGGGAGUGUUCGGAAGGAGAAAUCCCCGACGGACUGGAGGUGUCAAUAGGCAGGAGGUGUCUGAAACUGCAGUUGUCGAUCGGGUGAAUACGUCCGAAGACUGAAGGUGUCGGUAGGUUGGAUGUGUCAGUAGUUGGAUUGUGUCAGUAAGCUGCAAGGAUCCUCGUAAAGCCUACCGGCAGACUUUAUCCACAUAGUUUUUACUUGACUGUGCGUUUUGCUAUAUAGUGACGUUAGUAGUGACGUUUUGUGUAAACUGGCUCCACGGUCGGUUUGCGUGGCAACCUAAGCACGUUUAACAACAACAGACGAUGGUAAAAAAUAAGAUUUUCUACAUUGAAAAGUUUGUUUUUAAAAGAGAUACAUGUGACAACAUACUACCAUGUUAAUGUUUCUCUUGGCGAGAGCAAUUGUACUUCUCAAACAAAUUGCUCGUAGUCCGCUAGUAGUAUUUAUCCGAUACUAAGCGCCAAUGACAAUUUCGUGUCUACCAACCAAACGCAUCCAACAAGAAACCGACCUGUUUGCACUUUAAGGCAGGGAGCAGGUCAGUUUCUGUGACCAAACUAUUACACUGUAAAGACAUUUUGUUCAUGUUGACGUUCACAACGAGAGUAAAUUCAGCGAGGAAUGUUAAUCAACCUGUGACCUUCGCAACUGAUGCAACUGAUGCCGAAACUGAUGCAGUCCAAGAGCAUGUUCAGCAGUCGAUAUUUAUAUGAUAUUGUACAUAGUUACUUGAAAUACCUUUCGUGGGAAGCUUCUGUAUAACACUGAUUCUUUAAACCCUAGUAUGCUAGUGAUGACACGCUGUGCCUUGUUUGGUGGUAACACGUAUCAUUUGUAUCAUAUGUACCACGUACUAUCCUGAAACAAGGAACAUAGAGUAAACUACGAACACGCUUAUA